GUGUGUUGUCUUCCGACUGUGACGUAAGAGCCAAGAGAUGUCCUGUCACUGCAAAGCGACAACAGCUCUGUCAACUAAAUAACAACAAUAGUCACAACAACCCGGGAGCUCCCUCGCUUACCUAACCCUCAGCUCUUUGAUGGCCGAGUAAGGGGGAUGUUCGGCUGAACGACAGCCUUCAAAACCCGCCUCUCUUCCGGUCGCUGCUUUGUGUAGUGAAUGAACAACUCCAUUUGUGUUUGCUGCCAAAGAGAUAGUCAACUUGUGCGCGACAACAACAAAGAGCUUUAGCCUCCAUCUUUAGCGUGCUAGCACGGAGCUAGCUCGUCUGUGAUCAACAGGUGUGUUGAGGGGACAAGUGGGACUCUGGAUUCAGGACCUGCUUUUAAAACCUCUCCCAGGGAUCUGCACGACGUAAGACCCCAGUGGAUGCUAUGUGGACUUUAAGACCCUCCUGAUAAAGUUAAAGAAGCCAAAGGGUUGGCCGCGAUGGACCUGCGUGGACUCCGACAGCGGUCCUGCUAAAAAAUAAAGGAGCGGAUGGAUUAGUGCGAGCUCCACUCCCGCUCGGUUUCUGCUUCCCAUUAGCGGAGCGGCCUACAGCUGCCGGACGGACCUCUGGGGCGCAACUGAGCCGCUUCGACAGAACUGAUGCCCAGGCCCGGAAUCUGGCAUAAUGUUUUCAUAACCUGAUGAACAUUAGAGAAAUGGUGAGAAAGAAGAAUCCCCCUAUCCGGAGCGUGGGCGGUGAGGAAGAAGAGGAGGAAGAGGGGAGGAGGUCGGCAGGCGAGGAAGAAGAGGACGACGGCGAGGAGGAAGGGCGAGUGGCAACGGAGGCCGACCGGAUAAGUCACCCCUCCGAACCCGAGGAGCGCGUCCGAGGAGAUGAGCAGGACGAGGAGGAAGGAGAAAGUGAGUGCAUUUCCUCAUCUCUCUCGCCCUCGUCCGUCGGCACCGAGGAGCGAGGCGGGAGGAGGGGGGGAGGCGGAGGUAGAGGGGAUGAAGGGGGCAGAACUCCGCAAGCAGGACCCAGACCUGAGAGCCAGUCAGACCCUGAGGACGUGGACAAGGCGGGCGACGAGGACGACGAUGGAGACCUCACCUCCACUCGCCCCACCGCGCCGCGCCUCCUCCCCGCGAGGCAGGACCUGGCCGGCAAGGAGGCGACCAUAGACACGCCUCCGCUCUCCUCCAGCCCCUCCCCCAAACUCCAGGACUUCAAGUGCAACGUGUGCGGUUAUGGUUACUAUGGCAACGACCCCGCCGACCUGGUGAAGCACUUUAGGAAGUAUCACCUCGGCCUGCACAACCGCACACGGCAGGACGCUGCCCUCGACACACACAUCCUGGCUCUCCACAACAUGGCGCCCCCACACACACCUCUAGACUUCCAGGCAGGACACGGACCCAGGAACCAAGCCAAAGAGUCUGGCAAGAGCAGGUCGGAGCUCCACAAUCAGCAGCACAGGACGGUGAUGAUGAACGGCACAUAUGACGUCCAGGUGACGUCGGGCGGCACGCUAAUCGGAAUCGGCCGCAAGACCUCGGAUUGCCAAGGCAACACCAAGUACUUCCGCUGCAAAUUCUGCAACUUCACCUACAUGGGCAGCAAUUCUGUAGAACUGGAGCAACACUUCCUGUCCACGCAUCCCAAUAAAGUCAAAACCCCGCCAGCCACCCCCCUGCUCCCUAACGACAACCCGGUUAAGGGAAGGAGCCCGAUUGUAGAGGGUUCCGAAAGAGUGGCAGUACGAGCGGAAGAUGACUCUCUUGUCGGGUAUUCUAUCCCGAUCCGGGCUGAUUCGUCGGGUUGGCCGGUGGAGGGCGCACAUGGGGCGUACUACUGGUGCAAGUACUGCAGCUGGAGCUGCGAGUGGAUGGGAGGGUCGGCCAAGCUUUUGGAGCACUAUGAGCAACGACAUAGGGCGAACACGGGGAGCCCCAACGACCUCAAUCCUGGAGAAAGAGGAAGGAGAAGGGAAGGAGAGUUAUCCAAAAGUCACAAGGAUCUGCUGUCUAGCACCAGCCAAGGCGACCCCAACAGCAGCGACACAGAAGCGGUGGUCACCAGCUACAAUUGUCAGCUGUGCGACUUCCGCUACUCCAUGGCCCACAGCGCCGACGUGAUUGUCGUGGCGCCGUUGCUGCUGCACUACCAGCACAACCACUCCAUCCACCGCUGCUGCAUCCAGCACUGCAUGUACUGUCCCAGGGGGCUCUGUCAGCCGCAGAAGCACCUAGGCGAGGUGUCCCAUCCAUUUGCUUGCCGGAAGCCCACCUGUUCCAAGUGUUGCGGCAAAUUCCCUGCAUCCACGAACCAGCAUGACACUGGCGGUUUGACCCCUCCUCAACCCAGAAGCGACCCCAGCGUGACCUUUCACCCCUCUAAUCCUGUUGUCUCUCAAGGCGUCACCCAUCUGUGCGACCAGUGCGCCUUCGCCACCGGCGACAUCGACGUGCUGCUCCAGCACUACGACAGCUGUCACAGCCUGAUCAACUUAAAGGGGGCAGCGCCACACGUCAAGGCGGAGGAGGAGGCUGGGCUGGACGGCAAGGACGAUGGCCGUGGUGGUGGCGAGAGGGAAUACUCAUGCACAAAGUGCCACUUCAUCACGGAGGUGGAGGAGGAGAUUUUCAGACACUACAGGCGUGUCCACUCGUGUUGCCGCUGCCGACACUGCGACUUCACGGCCUCCGAUUCAUCCGCGCUCCUCGACCAUUUCAACACGGCCCACUGUCACGAAACUCCGCCGCCGCUGAGCUCGUUGGCGACGCCGACCCUGACUCUCUCUGCAAACGGCUGCUCGGCGCCCUCCACCUUAGCCAUAAAGGAGGAGAGCAAGGGUGAUCUUCGCCUGCUUUAUUCCCUGGCGCCGCCCGAGGGACGCCUGGCUGAGGGUGGCCGGGAGGAGAUGAUAAAAAGUGAGGGCGGCGAAGAGAAAGCGAGAGAGCGGGAGAAAGGCUGGGUGCUCGGGGAGACGAGAGGCGGCGAGCAGGCCCAUGGUCUCCUCUGGGUGCCAAAGGACCGAAUGGGACCUGAAAGAGGGACAGGAGGCGGGAGCCCCUCGAUUUUUCACUCGCCGCUGUCAGUAUCAUUUAUUUCUGCCAACCACGAAUCCUCGCAGCAUAAACGAGGUGUGGCCUCGCCAAGCAUGGUCUACCUGGGAGAUACCAAGUCCUUUUUGGGAGACGCCAAGCUCUACGGAGGAGGGAGGCGGCCUGGAGGCGGAGCCGCCACCACCGCUAUCGGAGGAGAGAAAUUGAGCCAGAUACCCCCUCAGCAGCAAUAUGCAGGAGGAGGCAGUGGAAGUGUGGGAGGACAGGAAGGGAAAGCUGCUAAAGAAGAGUCCCAGUCGCUGCUACGGAGGCGUCGAGGCAGCGGUGUCUUUUGUGCCAACUGUCUGACCACCAAGACUUCACUGUGGAGAAAGAACGCCAACGGGGGCUACGUCUGCAACGCCUGCGGGUUAUACCAGAAGCUGCACUCGACGCCCAGACCUCUGAACAUCAUCAAGCAGAACAACGGCGAGCAAAUAAUCCGACGGCGGACCCGUAAGCGCCUCAACCCAGAAACGCUUCCCCCGGAGAACCCGGCGCCCAAGCAGCAGCGCGUCUCCGGCGAGGAGCGCGUCAACGGCGACGAGGCGGGCGACAGGAGCUGCUCUUCGGUCAAAAGCCAGCAGCCUUCGCCUCGCUCUCGAUCGCCUCGCUCCACGCAGGCUUUCCUCGCCAACCAGACCCUGGAGAUCCACAGACGGAUGCCGCCUCUGCUCCUACCCUCGCAUCCGCCCUCUUUGCUGGCUGAGGGCAAUGGGGGUGGGGGCGUCGGCGAGGGCGGCGUGCUGACCAAGAUGGAGGGGAAAGGCGGCGGCAGCUCUGAGAGAGGAAGUCCAAUCGAGAAGUACAUGCGACCAUCCAAACCCUCCAGUUACUCCCCUCCUGGAUCCCCCAUCGAGAAGUACCAGUACCCUCUCUUCCCUUUGCCCCUUCCUCUCACACUCUCCCCGGACUUGACCCCUGAAUCCGACUGGCUCCGAUUCUGGACCAAGUACAAGAUGGCGGCCACCUCCGGCAUGGGCCCGGGAAGCCUCGCCAAUAGUUACCUGGGCGCCAUGGUGACGCCAGUGCAGCAGCAUCAUCAACAGAGCUACACGGUGCCUUACUGCGCCUCCCCUUACUCGCCACUUCCUCCGCCGCCGGCCCCUGCUCACUACCCGGCCCCGCCCCUUCACCCUCAAACGUCCUCCUCGCUAGAGAUCGACGCCCCCUUGGAUCUCGCCACGAGGCAACGCGACGCCACAAACUGCGCGGAAAAGAGUACGUGCGAGGAGAAGUCUCGCAAAGGGGAGGAGACGGGGAGGUCGAGGGCCACGGCGGAUGCGGCGACGCAGGACGAUCCCAGCAACCGCUGCCUUCAUUGCGGCAUCUACUUCCUGGACGAGGUCAUGUACGCCCUGCACAUGAGUUGCCACGGCGACCAGGGGCCGUACCAGUGCAGCUUCUGCCUGCACACCUGCGCCGACCGCUACGACUUCACCACGCACAUCCAGCGAGGCCUACACAAGGACAGGAAGCCUCAGGACGACCAGGAGGCGGCGGCGGCGGUCGAAGGCGAGGAAAGCGGGGGGGACGCGGACGAGCGGGCUAAAGACACUUCGGCUGAUGACGCUAGGGAGGAGGUCAGCGAGCAGCAGGAAGCGGCGGGGGACGCCGGCGAAGCUAUGGAUACCGCCCCGGAAGUCGUUGGCGACGCGGCGCUUGAACCCAUGGAGGUUCAUUAACAACAAUAAUAACAUCAGAUCAGGGGUCACCAACGUUUUUGAAACCAAGAGCUACUUCUUGGGUACUGAUUAAUGCGAAGGGCUACCAGUUUGAUACACACUUAAAUAAAUUGCCAGAAAUAGCCAAUUUGCUCAA